AAUUACUCAAGGAGUUAUUAAGUAGCUGCCUUCAGGUAUCAGACCGAUUUAGAAAAACAAUCCAGUAAUAUCCUAUACAUGUGAUGUCAUAGAGGGUGCUGUACCAUGGAUCCGAGUUACCGCCAGGGUUUCUAUCCAUCUAGCGAGAGAGACCAGGAGCAGCUGCGUCACCACCACCAUACUCAUCCUCAGCUACAGCAGCAACAUGCACAACACUUACAACACUACCAGCUCCCCUACCACAUCUCACCGCAACAACCUCCGUAUGUGGUUGAUCAGGUAGAGCCGCUCAGAAACAGAGAGGACUUUGGAAAUGGUCAGGUUAUGCUUCGUUCCAUUUAUACUGGUACAGGAUCAGGACUUCCAAAUUCCAACACAACUCUUCAACCAUCUGGCGAGCAGCCUCUCAAUUACUCUCGUGGUCUUCAACAUGUUACUAUCCUACAGCCUACCACUCAAUCAUCAAGCUUCCCACCAUCAUCUUCUACCACUCCUACCACCAGUCAGGCUGUUAUCUUCCCCCCUCCACCAGUAAUUACCACCGGUGACCACACCCCUGGAAUUACCCCUCUAGAUCCUGACAUCAUCAGCAAGGAACCGUCCACCGCUUCCUCAUCGCAUCUCACUACCUCUUCCCUUCCUGACUCUCUCACUCCUACAAACAUCCAUCUUCAAUCAAACCCAGUCACGACUCAUACCUCUACCUCCCCAUCCACCAUCUCCACGAUCCGUCAGACCGUCCUUUCCCAUCCCGUCAUCAUUCAACCUAUCACAGCCGCGCAAUCAAGAACGUCAAACGUCCUGACACCCUCGUCCGCUUUACAGAAGAACAUUUUUGUGCUACCAGGUAUCUUGAACUUGAGAGGACGUAAAGCCAAAGAGAAGUCGUCGAAGGAGGAGGAGAGGCCAGGAGCGGAUUUACCCGAUUUCCUGAGCUUUAAGUUUGCUCCGGAUGAUGAUGAGAACAUCAGGGGUGUGGUUGCCAGUGGACCGGUAGAGAAGGGGAUGAUGAUCGGACCCUAUGAGGGCAAUCUUCUAGAUGAGGACAGCGGAGCUCAUAAAGAAUCUACAUGGGAGCUGUGUUUACGAGGGAAGGUCUUCCUGUAUAUUGAUGGCAAACGCAAGGGCCGUUCUCACAUGAUGUCCUACAUCCAGAGCGCUCGGACUGAAUGUGAACAGAACCUUGAGGCCAUUCAGUCGUUCGGUGAUGUCUACUUCAGAGCAACAAAGAUGAUUGAGCCUGGGGAGGAGUUGAAGGUCUUCUAUAGUGAGGUUUACAGUGAUCUGGUAGGAUUCAAGACAAAGUGGGAUGACCUCAUCUUUAAUGAAGAGGAUGACGAGUUUGAAUGCAAACAAUGUAGCACCAGGCUUCCGUCCGCUAAGAGGAUGAUGAGACACGUCAAGUUUGAGCAUGAGACCGAUACAUCCAAAGAACUAUGUCCCAUCGUCACCUGGAAGGUGAAAACCAAGAAUGAAGUCGAGAGUAAUCAACCUGGCUCUGAGAAACUGACAGAGACAGAAGACGCAGUUGAGCUGGUUAAGCACUAUGUCUGUACCGUGUGCGGGAAGAACUUCCCUUCGGAAGGAAGGCUCGAAGCUCACGCCAUGUUCCAUGAAUUCACAGAAGAGCACACAUGUCCAGUGUGCGGGGAAAGGCAGAGGAAUACUUUCAUGCUGACGAAACACAUGGCGAGACACAUCAGCAGGACUCAUAAGUGCACCAAGUGCGACAAGGCCUACAAGACCAGAGGUGCGCUGUACAGACAUGAGCGUGAUAUGCAUGGUAUACCGGUGGUUAGGAAUCACUCCUGUAGGAUAUGCUCCACACGAUUUGCCAAGAAGCUAGAGUGCUUGAAGCACGAGAUGACACACAAAGAGUUCAAGGACGUCGUAGACACACCUAAAAAGAGAGACCGCAAGAUGAAACUAGAAAUUGGAAAAAGAACGAAGAAACAGACAGAGAAUAUUGAUGAAAAUAUUAAAAAUGUUAUUGGAAGUUUAAAUACUAUUAUUGAAAAAAGAACGUCUGUACCUGAAGAAGAGGAAAUUCCAAACGUAGGCAAUAAAACAAGAAUGCAAAGUGGAAGAUUAUCGAUGCAGUCUCGAAACAGGAAAGCCAAAAAUAAACCUCAGGAGCCCCAAGACAUGUUGGGUAAAGCGGCCGACUAUUACAUCAAGCCAAGACCUUUCAAAUGUCGCUACUGCACCAAGAGGUAUGUUGAUAAGACCAAAGCGUAUGAGCAUGAGAAGGAAGUCCAUGAAGGUAAAGGAACUUAUAAAUGCACAGAUUGCGGAAGGAUGUUCAUGAACGAAGCUCGUUUCCUGGAUCACGUCAAGAACCACGAGCAGCAUCGGUUGUACCGAUGUAACCUCUGUGCUCGAUCCUUUGCCUCUGAGACCGCUCUGAACAACCAUCAAGGAGAACACAACGGUCUGAAGCCUUUCAAGUGUGACCUCUGCGGACGUGGCUUCCGGGUCAAGAACGCCGUCUACCAGCACAAGAGACGGAUGCACCAGACGCGCCCCUUGCGCUUCUUCUGUCCUGUCUGCAACAAAGGGUUCUCAGAUAAAGGGGGCUUGACCAAGCAUGAGAGACGCCACAAGGGCAUCCGACCCUUCGUGUGCUUGCAGUGUGGGAAAGGGUUCACCGUGAAGCAUAGUUUACAGGUUCACAUGCAGAGUAUGCAUGAGGAGAAGAGACCGUUCACAUGCCACAUCUGCUUGAAGACAUUCACCUUGAAUCAUAGCUUUACAUCUCACAUGUUCAGACACAAGGUACAGGGUGAGGAGCCUCCAGGACAGACUGACAUUCACCUUGAAUCAUAGCUUUACAUCUCACAUGUUCAGACACAAGGUACAGGGUGAGGAGCCUCCUGGACAGACUGACAUUCACCUUGAAUCAUAGCUUUACAUCUCACAUGUUCAGAUACAAGGUACAGGGUGAGGAGCCUCCUGGACAGACUGACAUUCACCUUGAAUCAUAGCUUUACAUCUCACAUGUUCAGAUACAAGGUACAGGGUGAGGAGCCUCCAGGACAGACUGACAUUCACCUUGAAUCAUAGCUUUACAUCUCACAUGUUCAGAUACAAGGUACAGGGUGAGGAGCCUCCAGGACAGACUGACAUUCACCUUGAAUCAUAGCUUUACAUCUCACAUGUUCAGAUACAAGGUACAGGGUGAGGAGCCUCCAGGACAGACUGACAUUCACCUUGAAUCAUAGCUUCACAUCUCACAUGUUCAGACACAAGAUUCAGGGUGAGGAGCCUCCGGGACAGACUGAACAACAACAACAAACAUUUAAGUACACUGACAGCUCAACUAAUAUUAAUAAUAAUAUUCGAUAUUUAUAUAGAGCACAUAUCCAAUUUAUCCACCCUGCAAGGUGCUCAAAGUGCUCCAAUAUUACCCCGGCUCUGCUAGGCUACCACUUUUGGUGCUCACAGUAGUAAGGAAUCCCUACUACCGGUCCCCAUUUACUUCACCUGGGUGGAGUGUGGCAAAUGUAGAUCAAUGUCAUACAUUAAGAAGUACUUAUGAUUUAUUGAGAUGUAUGUUAAUAUCCAUUAGGUUUAGGUACUACAUGUACCAUGACUGGGCUCACCCACGAUGUAGGCUCCUCGAUCUAUAGUUCAAUGAUGCAAGCUUAUCUACUCUUUGUCACAUACUGUAGGGUACUCUGUACAUGCGUUGAGCUACAGGUGUCACAGUCUCGUCAACAUGUAGUUCUAGAUUGUAGUCGGUCACUUUACUUCUGGGUACCAGUCAUGUACACCAUCUACAAAAUUGACUUCUAUUUUUAUUUUAGACACGCCUAGCUUGAUAACUGUCUACAUGUCUGCCUAGUAAUGCUGACCAUUUUCCUUUUAUGACGUAGAAC